CAUCCUCCAUGAACAACUUGAAUGAUCCCCCAAGAUGGAACAUCCAACCAGACCCCAGAGGGAGGGGGGCGGGUGCUGGUGAUGGCAACCAAUGGAACUACGCCCUGCUGGUCCCCAUGCUGGGACUGGCUGCGUUUCGUUGGAUCUGGACCAGAGAAUCUCAGAGAGAAAUCCAGAAGGUCAAAGCCCAGUAUGACAAAGAUGUAUCCACAAUACAAAGUGAGAUGGAGGUACGUUAUCGGGACACACUGACAGAGAGGCGAAGGGCAGCAGCUCUGCUGGAGCUGGAGCUGGAGAAGGAGAGACAGCGGGUGAAAGGCUACAAACAGGCCAUGAUCUCACAGAGUCAGCAGCUUAUGGAAGAACGGAAGCAGCUGCAGAAGGAGCGAGAGACCUUGGAAGGUGAGAAACAAAGGUUGGUAAAGACUGGCGCUGCAGGUGCUGUACUGCAUCAAGCCCUGGAGAGAGAGAACGACUGGUACCGUCGGGCCACAGCCACACUGAAGGAGCUUGAAGGUCAGCUGGUAGAACGUCAGAAUGCCUACUGCUCCCUCAUCCAGCCACGAGAUCAGCGACUGGAGAUGGAGAAGAACAUGCUGCUUAAGGUCGUUAAAGAGCCCAUCGGGGCAGAACUGGAUCUGGAGUCUGACCUGAAGGAUAUUUUUAAGAGAGAUAAGCAUUGUGCGGACCUGCUUAAUGUGGACAAGAGGAGGAAUGGAAGCCUCAUGUGGGUGUAUCUCAAAUACUGGCAACUGCAAAUCACUGUCCAGAAACACAAAAAAGCUGAGGAAGCCAUAUUAGGAGGGAAAAUCCAGUCUGACCGAAAGUGACCAAUGACAAAGACAAGCUGGUGUUUUCGUUUGACUCUGAAGGAUGUUGACAGUAUGUGCAGCAGGAAUGGAAAAUGCCUGUAUUGUUUCCACUCUCUGUAAUAUCUUCACCUGAAAGGAAUGUUAUGCAUACACACUAGUGCUUCUUGCAACAAGAUAAUGUUAAAUAUUUAAACAUUUCAUUCAUGAUCUCAAAAAUCCCCCAGUUAAGACUCAUUAGCUUUGAAUUCAAGUGUGUGAAAAUUAAAAAUGUGUGUGGAUAAUUCAGGGCAAACACAGCUGAUGUUUAAUUAAAUAUAAACAGAUGAUUCUUUUCCAUUUAGCUGCUUGGUAAAUGAAAAAAAGAAUCAAUUUAAUUUGCAUUCUCUGAAUGCCAUUAAUAAAUGUUACUUUAACAUACGUCUUGAAAGGGGAUGUUUUUAUCUCCUCUUCUUAGAUAUGAAUUCAGGGUUUCCACAAACUGUUCACAUUGUCCCAUGUGACAACACACUUUCUGGAAAAGCACUGUUUCUCAACAGAAAAUUUAUCAAAUCAUUUUAAUAUUCAAGUGAAAAACAACAUCUAAAACAUGCCAUCAACACCAUUUUUACAUUUUUCAUGAAAUGAAGUCUUUCCUUUUUGUGGGGUGUGUCUUGUGUACUUGCUGCUGGGCUAUGGUGGGAGAUAUUUAUCAUGACAACUGAUUUGUUUGUGACUUGUUUUGUUUUUUUUACCUCAGUCUAUGACAUCUCCAUUUACAGUUGGAACUGUUGCCAUCCUAUGAUAUUGUACAGAAUAGUGCUCUUGUUUCUCAUGACUGGUCUGUGGGAACCUCAUAACUCCAGGGAAACAGGACUUUAAUUAAGGUGCAUGUGUACAAAGUAGUGCUCGGAAAAAGCGCACAGUUGAUCUCAAACUCUAACACACUUGUACUAAAAGGGAUAUUUAAAAUCUGUAGCUUUUUUUUAUUUGGUUAUCAGGCCUCUCUGUGCUGGUACGUUUUUAUUUUCACCUUGGUGAAUAAGUGCUGGAUGUAAUGCCAUAAGAUAGGAUAUAAUGACACUGAUCACUGCUAUCCUUCCAAUACAUUUUUGGUUUAAGAACUUA